AUGCACCAGGUUGCCCUUUUUUUUUUCUUUAUGUCAUUGCAUACGGUUCAACUCGAGGAUUGCGGAGAAUGGACAAUAAUUCUUUCGCUGGAAAUGCUUCGGUUUCUUAAAAGAUUGAAGUUGAGGAACAUGCAGAGAGUAAGAGAAGUAUCAAUUCCGUCAGUGGACGAGCUGGUUUUAAAUGGAAUGCCAGAUUUACAAAGAUGUUUCUGUACUUCCAUGGGGAAUAUGAAGUCUAGUUUAAGGGUAUUGGAGAUCAAGAGUUGCCCUGCACUUGAGGUGUUUGAUCUGUUUCAGAAAGGUCAUAACUACGAAAUUGAACAUAAGUCAUGGUUGCCUAGUAUGAGGAAACUCAUUAUGUGCGAUUGUCCUCAUUUGCAUGUACAGAGCCCUCUUCCACCUUCAGCUAAAUGUUCUGAAAUAUUGAUCAGUAGAGUUUCAACAAUUAUGACAAUGGAGGGAUCUUCCAUGGAAACAUUCAAAAUUAGUGGAAAUACGCUCUUGCGUGAGAUGAUGGCACUCAAUGACAAAAAUUUGGCAUUCUAUAAUCUUAAGGAUAUCAAAUAUUUGGAGAUAUCAUCGUGCGGAAACCUAACAUCUAUUUCAUUCAAAGGUUUAAGUCAGCUCAUCUCUUUAAAGAGUUUGAAAAUAGGGUACUGCCGAGAACUUUUCUCUUUAGAUGUGCCAGAGCACAGCCAUGAAGACAUGCCAGUUGCAAAUGAUGUUGCUCUCUCGUCUCUUGAAAGUCUAUUUAUUAUAAAGUGUGGAAUAACGUGGAAGUGGUUAUCUUUGAUGAUGCGACAUUCGCCGAUUCUAAAGGAAUUGGAUUUAUAUGACUGCCCGCAGUUGAAAUUGUUAAGGAUACAAGUGGACGGGAAAAUUCAAUCAAAUCAUAUGUCUGCUACCGAGGCUUCGUCAUCAGGAUAUCUAGAUGAUGCAUUGCGAAGCUCAGUUCGAGUGUCAUCAGGAUAUAUAGAUGGUGCUUGGGCAAGCUCGGUCAUAGGUGGGCUCAUGCACAUUCCGUUGAAUCUCAGAAAGAUAACAAUUUGUGAAUCCCCUAAUCUAAUAUUUGACGGCAGUAAGGAAUGCUUCAUUGGAUUUACCUCCCUUGAGGAGCUACAGAAAGAUGCCAUAGAGAAUGGAAAAUGUCUCCUCCCACAGUCACUUGAACAACUUUUUUUGUGGCAUUAUUCCCGUGAAACUCUACGACCCUGCUUUGUGGGUAAUCGCACACACCUCAGAAGAUUACAAGUAAAUAGCGAAAGUUUGGAAUAUCUACAGCUGGAUUCCUGUACGGCAUUGGAAGAAUUGGAGAUCAACAAAUGUGAAUGCUUCAUCGCACUAGAGGGCAUGCAAUCGCUUGGAACCCUCAGGUCUUUGGUAUUAUUUGAAAACUCAAGAUUGAAAUCUCUACAGCUGCAUUCCUGCAGGUCGCUGCAAUGUUUGGAAAUUUAUAAGUGUAGUUCGCUUGUCGCACUAGAGGGCUUGCAAUCCCUCGUGAACCUCAAGCAUAUGGAAAUACUCAAGUCCCCUGCCUUGAAUUCUCUUACCAUAUUGGAGAGUUAUGGGUUAUUCCCUGCACUAGAAAGUCUCAAGAUUGAUGACUUGUCUCCCCUUAACACAUCAUUCUGCAAGGGCCUCACCUGCCUCCGAAGCCUAAAGCUUAUUUAUUCGGAUGCAACGAGGCUAACAGAUGAGCAAGAGAGUGCGCUUUUGCUCCUCAGUUCCCUGCAGGAGCUCCAGUUUAAGGAUUGCAGGCAUCUCUUAGAUCUUCCUUCGGGGCUGCGCGGACUCCCUUCCCUAAAGACGUUGAAGAUCAUACAUUGUAAUCGCAUCUCAGGACUUCCGAAGGACGGCCUCCCAUCCUCUCUGAAAAAACUGGCAACCAACGGCUGCAAGGUCGAACUAUCAAAACAAUGCAGAUUGCUAGCAACAAGCAAGCUAAAGGUCAAAAUUUAUAAGCGCUAUGUGAACUGA